AUGUCGUUAGCAUCAUUGUUGAAUAAAGAGGACAGGGAUACGCCGUCUGUAGCAUCAAGAGAACCGGUGAUGAAUGGUAAUGUGAGCAAGGAUGAUAGGCUGAAGGCGUAUUUUCUGAGGGAGUUGAAUGAGAACUUCAAGAGACUUGGCCAGAGGGAUCUGUUGGAACAGCAAUAUCAGGACUGGAAGUUUAUCAAUCUGCAAGAGUUCGAACUGAUCUCAGAGUGGAACAAUCAAUCGAAGGAGUGGGGCAAUAGCGAUGCCUCUUUCGAACAGCUGUAUAGAGAGAUGCAAACGAUCAGAGAUGAGUGGGAUCAAUACGACCGGUACAAGAAAAACAAGCUCUCACUAAUCAGGGAGCUGGAUGUGGCUAAUGGGACGAAUGGUGUUGAGGUGGCCGAGGUGCCGUCCCGGGCCAAGCAGAGAAGGUCUGUGAAGCAAGUAACAGCUCGGCCACAAACUCCUCCUCCUCCUUCUCCACCACCACAAGUGGAGCGGCGACCACAAUUCACGACGCCAGUGAGGAGGAAACGUAAGCUGGAUCAGGAAGAACCGGUCCAGGAUGUUGUGGAGGAUCAGCACCCGAAGAAAGAGCUUGAUGAUGGUUCGGAGGACAUCGAGGAUGAUUUGGCUGAACAGGAAGAGAGUCAAAGUGAUGAAGUGGACGAGACCGGCGAUCAGGAAGCUGACCAUGAUUCGGAAGACUUGAAGGAAUCAGAGCAAGAGGAGCUUGCGCUUGAUGGGGAAGAAUCUUCCAGCGACGAGCAACUUGACACAGAGACCGCGGAAGUGGAAGUGGAAGUGCCAGCUAACUUUGAUGACGACGAGAACGAUAAGGACUUUUCUCCAGACGAUGAUGUUAAGUCUAUAACGUCGUCCAAGAAGGAUAAAUCGGUUAACAUGGAAAGCGAUAGAACGAGAAUCGUCCGCGAGCUGGUCAAGAUGUGUAACAAGAACAGAAACUUCAAGGCUAAGAAGAGAAAGUUCACCAAUGCGAACGUUACCGAGUAUAAUCCGCUGGACAAGAAGCUUGUCGUAAGGAUCACUUUGAAGCAGCUCCAUGUUAGGAAGUUGAAGAAAGCGAUCAAUGAAGCAAAGCGUGCCGCUGCUAUGGAGGAAGCCGCCAAAGAAAAGGCGGAGAAUCCUGACUUCGAGGCUUUAUCUCCAUCGGGAAAGAGAAGAAAGCUUCUACCGGGGGCAAACGGCGACUUACCCGAUGGUUCAUCAUUAACUUCAUCUCCAACAAAGCAUGGCUUGCCCACAUAUGGUCUGAAAAUGACAGCGAAGGAAGCUCGCGCCAUCCAACGUCAUUAUGAUAAUACUCUUUUCACCAUUUGGAAAGAUAUGGCUCGUAAGGAUUCUGCAAAAGUGGCACGCUUAGUUCAACAAAUCCAGUCUAUUAGGGCUGCAAAUUUUAAAAAGACUUCGUCUUUAUGUGCUCGAGAAGCUAGAAAAUGGCAAUUCAGAAACUUUAAGCAGGUCAAGGACUUUCAAACAAGGGCCAGAAGGGGAAUUCGAGAAAUGUCUAACUUCUGGAAAAAGAAUGAACGUGAGGAGAGGGAUUUCAAGAAGAAGGCAGAGAGAGAAGCCAUGGAGCUGGCGAGAAAAGAAGAGGAAGCCAGAGAGAAUAAGAGACAAGCAAAGAAACUGAAUUUCUUAUUGACUCAAACUGAACUCUACUCGCAUUUUAUCGGCAGGAAGAUUAAAACAAAUGAACUGGAGGGCAACAUGGCGGACCAUCAAUUAAGUCAACCUGGAUCGAUGAUGUCCGGUAUGAGCGGUCAUGAUAAAAUUGACCUUGAUAAUAUGAUUGCGAAUAAGAAUGAAUUUCAUAAUAUUGAUUUCGAUAAUGAGGAUGAUGAACAGCUGAGAAUUAGAGCAGCUCAAAACGCUUCAAAUGCUCUAGCUGAGACGAGAGCUAAAACUAAGGAAUUUGAUGACGAUGCUAAUGGCGAGGAGUUGAACUUUCAAAACCCCACUUCACUGGGCGAAAUCAGCAUUGAGCAACCAAAGAUCCUUGCAUGCACACUAAAAGAGUAUCAAUUAAAGGGGCUGAAUUGGCUGGCUAACCUGUACGAUCAAGGUAUCAACGGUAUUCUCGCAGAUGAAAUGGGACUGGGUAAGACAGUCCAGUCAAUCUCAGUUUUAGCUCAUUUAGCCGAGAAGUACAACAUAUGGGGUCCUUUCCUUGUGGUAACACCGGCGUCUACGUUGCACAACUGGGUUAAUGAGAUCGCUAAGUUUGUUCCUCAAUUCAAGAUUCUACCCUACUGGGGCAAUGCAAAUGAUCGUAAAGUUCUCAGGCGAUUUUGGGAUAGAAAAAACUUUAGGUACGGUAAGGAUUCCCCAUUCCAUGUUAUGAUUACAUCUUAUCAGAUGGUAGUAUCAGAUGUGGCAUAUUUACAAAAGAUGAAGUGGCAGUAUAUGAUUUUGGAUGAAGCACAAGCAAUCAAGUCUUCUCAAUCUUCACGCUGGAAAAAUUUAUUAAGCUUUCAUUGCCGUAAUAGACUGCUAUUGACUGGUACACCGAUUCAAAACAGCAUGCAAGAACUUUGGGCCUUGCUUCACUUCAUUAUGCCUUCGUUGUUCGAUUCCCACGACGAGUUUAAUGAAUGGUUUUCUCGUGACAUUGAGUCUCAUGCAGAAGCCAACACAAAAUUGAACCAGCAACAAUUGCGCCGUUUGCAUAUGAUCUUAAAGCCAUUCAUGCUUAGACGUGUCAAGAAGAACGUUCAAUCUGAAUUAGGAGAUAAGAUUGAAAUAGACCUCCUGUGCGAUCUCACUCAGAGACAAGCAAAACUGUAUCAAGUGCUGAAAUCUCAAGUUUCAACAGCAUAUGACGCUAUCGAAAAUGCUGCUGGAAGCGAUGAGGCAUCUUCAGACCAGAGUCUUAUCAAUACGGUUAUGCAAUUCAGAAAAGUUUGCAAUCAUCCGGACUUGUUCGAAAGAGCUGAUAUUUCUUCGCCAUUUUGCUUUUCUGAGUUUGGUCAGACUGCGGCUCUCAUUAAAAGUGAUGAGUUAGCCGAAGUCAUGUACUCUUCAACUAACCCAAUCAAAUAUCACCUUCCAAGGCUAAUUUAUGAAGAUCUGAUCUUACCCAAUUAUCACAAUAACAUCGCUAGUUUUGCAAAAUUAGUGAACUAUACCAUGAAUAUUUUCUCAUUGGCGGACAACCAGGAACUAUGUGAAGAACUCUCUCAUAUUACAGGUUUAGAGCUAUCUCAGUUCUCUCGAAUAGCCCACGAAUCCAUCGUGAACAGGGCGAUGCGGUUUUAUACCGAGAAAGACAUGAUGAAGGGAAAUCAGUCCAUAGCAUUUGGAGAUGACGAGAUCAGGAGUGAUAUUCGUGACUUACGUAUACCAGAACGAAUCACCCGAUUGGAGAAGUUAUCGAAUAUGACCACGGGAGGAGUUUUGCAAUCUUUGCUUAACAUUAAAGAGAAGGUAUACGAAGACCAAUAUUUUGGUUCAAUGCGACCAGCCUCAUGUCCUGCUGCGUCUGCCCCACCCAUCUCAAUUGAAGUAUUAGGCAGUAGCCAUGUUGUUAACGAGCUAAACCGUGAACUCUUCGAUCCUACUAUCUCCCAGGCAUUGUCGGAGAUAUCUCCAGUCACCCAGUAUAAUAUGCACAUUGAGAAGGGAAUACCUAUCGACAAUUUCCCAGCGUCUGCCCUUUAUCCAGAUUCCCUGAACAAAUAUUUUUCUUCUCAUAUAUCAAUGCCUUCUAUGGACAGGUUCAUUACUGAGUCCGCUAAAUUGAAAAAGUUGGAUGAGUUGCUGGUUCAACUAAAGAAAGACGGUCACCGUGUGCUGAUUUACUUCCAGAUGACGAGGAUGAUGGAUCUUAUGGAAGAAUAUUUGACGUAUAGGCGCUACAAGCAUAUCAGAUUAGACGGUUCUUCUAAAUUAGAGGACCGUCGUGAUCUUGUCCACGAUUGGCAAACAAGACCAGAACUAUUUGUUUUCCUACUGAGUACAAGAGCUGGUGGGCUGGGCAUUAAUUUAACUGCGGCAGAUACUGUCAUAUUUUAUGAUUCGGAUUGGAACCCAACUAUUGAUUCGCAGGCAAUGGAUAGGGCCCACAGAUUGGGUCAGACAAGGCAGGUCACGGUUUACAGGCUGUUGGUAAAGGGUACCAUCGAAGAAAGAAUGAGGGAUAGAGCCAAACAGAAGGAACACGUCCAACAAGUGGUUAUGGAAGGUAAGAUGCAAGAAAAGAAGGUUCAGACGGUAGAGACCAAUGUUGAAGAGCUGAAUACGAAACUAAAGCAAUAG